UUCCUGAAGCAGAACUGAAAUGGUUGCCUGUAGCGAUGAUUUAUUCAACCAGAAGACGAUACGUGGUUGUAACGAUCUUUUUAACUUCGGUGUUUUGGUUGACGGUAGAGCUCAUUCUUUUAAGUUAUACAAACCGCUUAAACGAUGAGCAAACGAAAGGGAACAUUGAACUUCCGGAAGCAUGGAAUUCACGGCAGAGCUAUGAGAAUCACCCGAUUGCCGACGUGUUGAUACCCAUAGAAGAUUUUAGAGCGCUGUAUGUGACAUCAAUCCCUCCAAAUCCCGAUGGACCUGGAGAAGCAGGGAAAGCUGUUUACAAUGACAAAGACGAUCCCCUUGAAGUGGGCAAAGAGAAAGAAGGCUACAGUAAAUAUAGUUUCAACGAACUUGCAAGCGCUAAGAUUUCGUUGGAGAGAUCUAUACCGGACAAUCGUCCGCAAGAGUAAGUAUUUUUAAAAUAUUUCGUAUCGUGUUAUGUAGCGAUGUGCGUAUGGUAUUUAAAUUCGAUUUUUGUUUUGCUCUUUUAAGGUUUGGCUCAGUCAAGCGGCGAAAUCAACAACUUUGAAUCAGCCACAAAAUUGUGGCUGAUAUAAAACAUUUAUGGCAACUUGAUGAGAUCAAAGAUCAACUGCUGAUUAUAAUAAAGCAUUUUGGCUCAAAUUUAGCAACUGCAAUGCUUUCAAAUGAAAGAGGAAAUCUCUUAAACUGAUUAGAAGUUUCGAAAUUUAUUUUCCGCUGUCUAGCGACUGUCUGAAACUUUGUUGAUGUUUAACUGGUAACAUUAUAGUUUGGGUUUUACAGCAGACACCACUUGGCAGGUGGACUUCACAGUUUAAAGACUAAAUACUUGUAGUACAACGAAAAAGCCGAAACAAAAAAGUAUUUCGUCGAGAAGAAUAUAUUAAGUGGUUUAGGUACGCUAAAUCUACGGCGAUCGAACUUGUAUUUGCAUUGUCCUAUCACAAUGAUAAUGCCCUUCGCGGUUUUAAUUUUUUUAAUUUUUUAAAUUAUCGUCUUGUUUGUUCUUAUCUGCCCCAACAAAAAUAGAAGUUUAUUCGGUUUAGAAGCUCUUAGGUAUUUGCCAAUUUUUUUCCAAAUACGAUAUCCUUUUCUCUUUUCGCUUUUUUCCUUGAAUUUGUAGUCCGACAUAAUGCAAAUGUUUGCCAUGGCGGCCGAUCCAAUUCUUCGAGCAUAUUGUGCUCUUAGCGGCGUCCUGAUAAUUUGGACAGGUUAUUCAGAGACUUUGAGACAUAUUACUUUAUAGUGUCCACCAAAAAAAUGUACACCGCAGUAUCACUAUCACUGAAUUAGAAGCUUGAUGUAGCAUGGUGAUUGUUGAAUAUCCAUGAAUAUCAAGAGUCAAGCAAUGGUCUUUCUCAACAGGUGCCUCAGUCUAAAGUAUCCAUCCAAUCUUCCCACAGCCAGUGUUGUUAUUAUUUUUCAUAACGAGGCGUGGACGACUCUCUUACGCACAGUGCACACAGUUUUAGCACGAUCACCCCCUGAGUUUUUGAAGGAAAUUAUCUUGGUAGAUGAUUGCAGUAACUACAAUUCGUAUGGUAAGUGGAGCGGUGGAGCGUGACACUUAAGUUACGACACUAGUAAUUCACAGAUGAAACCAGCCUAAACAAUUCUUUGAAAAGUUAUGAAGUAAAUUUUGGACAAAAAGUCGAGUGAAAGCGUUUCUUAAAACUCUCUAUCAAGUUUUACACGUGUAGAAUACCAAUCGCGUUGGCUAUUAAACUUUUAUAUGCAUGGGCCAGGUGACAAAAAGCAUCAAUUGAGGGUGAAAGUUUACCUGAAAAUUAAUUAAAUUCCCGAUAUUUUCUUAGGAUAAUAUUUUGGCAAAUAAAGAAAAAAUGGCAUAAAACGUUUUCCGUUUUAAAUGCGUGUCGCCAAAUUUACAUAGUCACACGCGAGAAAGUAUUUCCCUUUCAUAAAAACACCGGAAGAAAUGUUAGUUUGGUACUGCAGGUGUUUCGGAGAACUAAACUUGUUUGUCAUCCCGUUUAGUUGAGUGUAUUCUUUCGUAUUACUCUGUGUCUGGCAUAGAUGGGAACUAUAGAUCAGUGUUCUGCAUUAAACCUGCCGCUGUAGCGGACCAUCCUCGAAGACCCAGAAACCAUUUGGAACCGAAAUUGCUUCGGGCAGAGGUUUAUACAAUAAUUGCCUGCAUUGAUUUCUUCCGUGAUUAUUCCGCCCCCAUUAGCCACCUCUGGGUCUCCAGGAGGCUAAAGUCCAUACAAGCUCAGCGGGAUCCGCCUCAUCGCCAGACAAGUUUCUCAAGCGUUAGUGAUAAGAGGGCUACUGGGGGGUGCUGGAAAGGCUUGCUGCAAAUCUGUCUGGGCGGGGCCAGUUAUGGGCUCCUGGCGGGGCUGUUCAAAGCCUCCCACGCAGGCGUUUUUAGUGGAGCUCGUUUUUCAUCCCUCCCCACAAACGCCUGCUCAAGAGAAGACAACAUUCCUUUCCCAAGCUUAGCCAAUCACAUUGUACUUUCCAAAUUCUGGAAAGUUGACCUUGACCGCAAGGUAAUCUGAUAAUUACUCGAUCUGCAUUAAACACUGGGAAAGCUUUCUGACCUCUAAUAAAUGUUAGAUUUAGAGCGGCAAAAAUAAGAUUUAGUCAAAAUUUAGAAUACUCCGUGCACUGCAUAACCUUUUCGAAGGAAAGAAAAGAAGGAAAACGGUAACUCUACGGUCACGUUCAGUCCUGUCAACACUUUAUUGCACAAUUGUUGAUUGGUCACUUACCACGCAAAUAAAACAAUGAGAAAGGAAUGUUGUUUUCCGUUGAGCAGGCGUUUGUGGGGAGGGAUGAAAAACGAGCUCCCCUAAAAACGCCUGCGUGGGAGGCUAGGCUGUUCAAAGCUGGGUGGAGUCGUCUUCGCAACUCGCACUACGGUGGGAGCGGGGGUUGAUGGGAAGGGAGAGGUGUGCGAAACUCGACGCUAACUCGAAAGCCGUCUGUACUACAGCUGCCCUCUUGAAAUCUGGUUAUUGUUUCUGUGGGGAUCCAAUAGGAACGGUCCAAAAUUUUAAGGCUUUUUUUUUUAGAAAAUAUAAAUAUAAAUAAAUAUCGGGCAUAUAAAUUUGUAAAUCAUCAACCCUUAGCUGUCCGAUCAGCCUUACCUUCAAUUUCCAAUGAGAGACAGUUUGGGAUUGUUUCGUUUGAUUUGCCUAGUACCUAGGCCUGCGUGCGGCCGAUGCGUUUCGGGUCAAGUGGUCCGUGCGAAUUUUUGUGAUCGUCUCGGAUACGUCACGGAAAUGCAUUGACCGAGAAGGCCUGAUAAGACGCCGCACAGGAACUAGGCAAGUGUUUGUUCUAUUUUCUGUAACGAACUUGCAUUACAAUAUAGAUGUUAGCAACGACAAUAGCAAAACUUUAUUGCGGGCGACAAGAGGAGCCUGCAAUCCUUAUCUCCAGGUUGUCAUUACGCAUGCGUCGCAUGUAUGUAGCCAGCAUUCGUUUGGACUUCCACUAAGAAUGAAUGGAAUGUACAGAACGAAAUUUGAUCACGUGCGUAUGGACCUUCUACCCUUCGUAAACUGAUCAGGUGUAUUUUGACUAUCUGUCACGUGAAACGUACGCAAAGCACAGCGUUAGAGCUACCUUGCGAUCAGGCCUUUUGUUUUGUUUUGUUUUUUUUUUUUCCAAAACAAAAAGGAAAGAAGGACACCUGAUGGCAGGUUACGUUGGAGCAAAAGCGCUUGGAUUACCGAUCGUUGUCGCCCGCACUCCAUAACCUUUGGUUAUUACUAGUUGUAAGAAUAAAGUAAGUUUAAGAAAGUAACGAACAACUGGGGGUUAAUUGUGUUGAAGAAAUGUUAUUACAUAAAGACAGAGUUAAGGAAACGAUAACGAUAUAUAUUUGGUUGCGACCAUGGCCCUAGGUCACGUAGCUAAUUCGAACGCGCUUACAAAAGAAAGGGAGGCUGAAGUGAACUAACUUAGAAACUAUCUACAGUAUACGAUUCGCUUUAACGUAACCAACCUUCUGUUCUUUGUCUUUUUUCUUUUCAGCGCAUCUUAACGAAAAACUAGAAUCGCACCUUCAUGAGCUUCCCAAAGUUCGCCUUAUAAGAGCCAAGACUCGUCAGGGCUUAAUUCGCGCGCGUCUUAUAGGCGCCAGACAAGCGAAAGGUGACAUACUCGUCUUUUUGGAUUCUCAUUGUGAGGCUAACUACGGUUGGUUGGAGCCGCUACUUGCAAGGAUUGCGCAUGACAGAACUAUUGUUGUUACACCAGAUAUAGAAGUGAUUGACUUAAGAACGUUUCGUUACGCGCAAAGUAAAGGAGGAUACAAUAGAGGUGUCUUUAAUUGGGAAUUGACAUUCAAGUGGAGGGCGCUGCCCGAUUAUGAGAGCAAACGACGGAAAAGUGAUGCUGAUCCUAUCAGGCACGUAGCGUAAAAUAUCAGAGAAUGAAUUAAUUGAACACAAAUGACAGGAUAGUUGGAGAUGUUUGUGGCAAAUUGUUAUGUGUUAAUGUUAAAGUGUUCAGGCAAGUAGCUUGAAAAAAUCAGAGAACGAAUUAAUUAAACACAAAUGACAGGAUAGUUGGAAACGUUCGCGGCAAAUUGUUAUGUGUUAAUAAAAGUGGUCUCUUUUCAGGUCACCAACAAUGGCCGGUGGAUUGUUUGCUAUUGACAGAUCGUAUUUCUUUGAGAUCGGCUCUUACGAUACUGAAAUGUCUUAUUGGGGAGGAGAAAAUGUUGAAAUUUCCUUUCGGGUAAGUUCCGAGAAAAUUUUUGUUGUCACUCAGUGAAAUUACGCUUACUAUUUCUAAACUUUUAUACCCGCGCCCUUAUUGGUUGGCUAAGUUUGUUUGAGUGCUCACUGAGAUCAAAUCUAUUAAUUAACACGAGUGCUUUGUCUUUCUGUUUAUUAGACACACAAGAUAAAGGACAUCUUUAAAUUAAUGGUUUUUUUAUUAUUACUCAACUGUACUCAUGUCAGGUGGUUCCAGUUUUCUUCCUCUUUUGUUUGUUUGUUUCUUUUCUUUCUUUCUUUUUUCAUUUUUCUGACUUCCUAGAGCCGUAGUUUCUGAAAAUUUUCUAAGUACGAUUUUCAAGAAUGAAGACCUAUCAAAGGUUUUUUAUUAUUAUUUUAGAGAAAAAUUCCGCAAAGCAUUCCCCAGGAAACAGAGUUUUAUGGUUAUUUUCAGAUUUGGAUGUGUGGCGGAUCUCUGGAAAUCCUGCCAUGUUCCAAGGUUGGUCACGUGUUCAGAGAGAGCCAGCCGUACAAGAUCGGCGAGGGAGCCAUUGACAAAAAUAACAUGAGACUUGCGGAAGUAUGGAUGGACGAUUACAAACAAAUAUUCUACGCCAUGAGGCCUCAGCUCAAGGAGAAAUCUUUUGGGGAUAUAACCGAGCGGAAAGCUUUAAGAAAGAAACUGAAUUGCAAGAGUUUCAAGUGGUAUCUGGAGAAUGUAAUCCCAGAAUUGAAUGUCCCGGAUAUGUAUCCUUACGGAAGAGGAGAGGUGAGUAGGAUAUGUAUUCUUAAGGUGGAGAAAAUUUGGUGAUAUGUGCAUAUUUACGGGAGAGUAGAAUGUAAUCACGGAGACGAAAAAUCUGAAAGGUAUUCCUUCGUCUUCUAAACAUGACAAUAUAAUUUAUAUUUGUUUAUUUUGGUAGGUUCGCAAUCUUGGUACAAACCAGUGCCUAGAUACGUUGGCAAAAAAUGAUCCCGGAGGAGAGCCCGGCAUGUACAUGUGUCAUGGCAUGGGGAAUAACCAGGUAUUAAAGUCUGCACAGGCCGCGUGAGGGAUUGUGUCAAAGCUAUUUUCAACAACUGUCAAAGAGAUAUUACCUGAUUGUCCUGUAGUUUUCCUAUUUUACCAUCAUUUUAACAAAAAGACGAGAUCUUUAACGACCCUUUUUUCCCUUGAAUAAAGAUGAAGUGAAUUGUAAUUAUUAUCACUACAUACACGCGGCCAAAUGAUAAACUGGUGGUCUCUAAAACGCUCCUUUUUCGCAGGCCAAAUGGCAAAGUGUGGGCUGUAAAUGGAAUUUGCAGCCCGCAAGAUGAUUUCUGUUAAACAAUCUUUCCUCAUGAAAUAAAUUUGUUUCCGUUGACCUUAUGUAUUGAUAAUAAUGAUAAUAACAUGUCUUUUGUUGGACAUAUACAUAGUAUAUUUGUGUCCAUGGUAGCCUCAUUUGCACCCUCGCUCCGCUCGAUCGGGCGCAAAUGAUGCUACUCGGGCCACAAAUGUACUCUAUGCCCGACAAAAGUCACGUGAUUGUCCUGUUUAAGCGAUGGCAAAUCAAGCCCAGAAAAAUUUAGGGCUUUAACGUGAUUCGAACCCAUGGCCUCUGCCUUAGCGCUGCAGUGCUCUACCAACUGAGCUGUAUGGAGAUCCAUGAUAGUGGUGGCAGGGCAAUUUGUUGAUUUUAUCGUAACCUGUGAAAAAAAGUAAACAUUGAAUGAAGAUGAUGGGAACUAUAUGUACUUUUUUAUGCAGUUUUUCAUGUUUACGAAGAAUUACGAGUUCUGGCAUGACGAGGUUUGUUUGGAUCUUGUCGACGGCAACCCAAACACUAAGGUGAAAUUAUACACUUGUCAUGGUCUUGGAGGAAACCAGAAGUGGGAACACGAAAAGGCAAGCUGCUAAAUAUUAUAAACUAUCAUAAAACGGAUGAUAUUAAUUGGUUUUAAUUUUAACUUCAGUAGAAGUACUUGUACAAGAGUAAGCCGGUCAGUUUCUAAUUUAAUCUGGUAUUUUUGUCGCAUUUCUACAGAGCGCUUUUAACUUCUGUCACUUCCUAUUUGAUAGUGGAAAGUAAUAUUUCGUGGUUGAUCUGAUUUUUGUAUUGCAACUUUUUGUAAAUGGCUUCGAAACUUUGAAAAAGACAUGGCAAAGAUCCAUGUAAUCAUGCUGCCUUAAUUACUGCCCGCUCUUUUCCAGGUUUCAUCUCCUCUGCCUCCUUGUUGCCUUGACUUGUUAUCAAGGUGGACAAAGGAAGAAACAACCUCGUUCCCGGGAUUAUCUCUUCCCGUCCCUCUGUCUUUCCACAGGGAAGGGAAGGAGAGAAGCCUGGAAGCGAGGAAGCAUUCUUACCUGGCGCUUGCGUGGUGUCUUGUCUUCUCAACCUGUAUGGUGGCUUAGGACUGGAUUUUUAGGAAAUUCUUCUAAAUUCAAUACAUUAAAAAAGAAGAAUUAAGCGAAUUUUUUUACCUCCUCCACCAAAGUAUCCCGUUUUAUAUCGCACUGAGUAUCAGGUUGCUUUAAGGGAAGCACUGGUUUUACUGCAUAUUAAGCAAAAAAAUGAUAAAGUUUAUUCCCUUCCGGACAUGGUAAUUUUCUCCCACGGAAAACGAACUACUGCCCGAGAAAGGAAGGUAAAUUUCGACUAAAUAUCCUCUUGGGAGAAAAACUGUGUAAGAAGUGUAGAAGUGGCAUUCCAUUUCCUCCUACCCCAUUUAAGUCCAAGGUACACGCCCUUGACCCCUCGUUCGUUCUUUUUACAGGAUGGUAGCAUCCGCCAUACGCUUCAUGAUGUUUGUUUAGAUGUCAGUGAAGGCUCCAACUUGGUUGUAAGAAAAUGUGACGGGCGUGAUACACAGAAGUGGAGGUUCAGCGCUUAUCCCGAGAAAGAAAGGACACAAAAUAUUCAUGUUAACGUUUUAUAACGCUUAUUUUAUUGUAGGAUGGUUUUAUAAUGCGUUAAAUAGACGUCUCUUCAAAUUGUAGUAGAACUGGAAGCAUCAGGCAAACACAUCGAGCAGAUUGCCGCGAUAAAUUGUACAGAAAUCUUGUACCGGUGUCAACCCGCAAAAAAUAAAGACACUAUUAUAAACUGAUGGAGUCUUCGGUCGACUUCGUCUUGUAGCAGAUGACCUGUUUGCUUGGUUUGCUGUUCAGUUUGUAAGGAUUCGUUUUAAUCAGGAGCUCAUUAAUCUGCUCAUAGUUAUUAGAGGAGACUGGUUAUGAAAAGCGGCAAACAUCAAUGAUAAAAACAACAGUGCAGCAGUUUAUGUUCAAAGCACCGUGAAAGUGCACAAUCCUUUGUUUUUUGUUGGCAAAUUGUUUUGGAAUAAAUUAAUGCAACGUUCUUAUUGGUCAAUACAAUCAAAAUGAUAGGAAUUCUUUUGAACGUUGUGCACUUUCAGGUCCACAAAAACAUAUAACAAAGGAGUCUGACGGGUUUCAUAACCAUUCCACUCAAUUAACUAUGAUCUGCUCCUGUUUUAAUAUUUUACCUGAAAUUUAAAUAAUAAUAGUAAUAAUAAUUAAUAAUAUUUAAAAGAGCUCUCCGAAGCAAUUACUCUGUAAUCCGUGAGAACCGUGUUUUUCUUUCGAGAGCCUUCUCCUCUUCUUAAUCAUUUACUAAGUUUGAGAGAACGAAAAGUCGUGUGUAGCCAGAUGUGACUAUUAAUCGAUAAUUCUCAACAACUGCUGAUUUUUUAUUGAUCACCUGUGAGUUUGACAGGUUGAAAAAGUGUUUAUCAUAUCGCAAAGUGUAAGGUGGAGCCCCGAAAUAGGACUUUGCGAACAGUGGGCACUCUAUCAUGGGCAAGCAGCGGGAAACACCUUUUCCGACAUUGUCUGUAUAGAGUACCAGUUCUCCUUCUCCUUCUCCUACUCCUCCACCCCCUUAUCCUCCUCCUCAUUAUCAUCAUUAUUGGAGAACAUUCAAAAAAAUAACUAUUUGAAAUACAAAAAAUAAACCAGUUUGCAAAUAGUUUAUUGUAUCUCUCAGUGAGCAGCAUGGUCAUUUUGCGUGUAUAAGGUUGCCUGGUGACUUUUUCUACGCAGGUUUGAAAAGGAACACUCUUUAAAGAAGGGGAAAACUAAAAUCAAUUGUAACUGUCAUGUGCGACCUACGUUGAAUGCCACUUUGUAUUACUUCACCUGUCAUUGAAAAAAAUACACCACAUUCUUAAAAAAAAUGUAAUUUGGUAAGAAAAAUAGAAAUAAAGACUUGUAUAAUGCC